AUGUUCACCCUCAUCAGUGCAACACCAUCACCUUAUGCUCGCAAGGUCCGCAUUGCGCUCGCCGAGAAAAACCUACCCUUCACUCUUCAAACAGAGGUACCUUGGGACAAUACGACAAAGACUCCACAAUACAAUCCACUGGAAAAGCUUCCAGUAUUGAUUCUCGAGGAUGGAAAAUCUGCCGUCUACGAGUCUAGCUACAUCCUAGAAUGGCUGGAAGCAAAAUACCCCGAUACACCUCUUCUCCCUAGCCAUACUCAAGUCGAUGAUAGGCUGUUUGCAAGGAAGAUCGAGGUCGUGGCAGAUGGCGUUUGCGAUGCUCUCGUGCUCGCCUUUUUCGAAAACAUGAGGGAACCUGAGAAGAAAUCGCAACCAUGGGUUGACAGACAAAUGAGGAAAGUCGAAGGAGGACUGAGGGCGUUGGGAGAAUGGGCAGAGCAGAAGCAGGGAGGCUAUCUGGUUGGAGACCGACUAAGCCUGGCAGAUAUAGCCGUCGGCUCUCUUUGCGGAUACCUAGCCUGUCGCUGGCCUUCACAUGGCUGGGCCGAUACUUAUCCCGCCUUGAAGAAACAUUGGCAGAUGCUGGAAGAGAGACCUAGUUUCCAGGACACAAGACCAAGUCCACAGACCAUGAAGGACAAAAUCGUUUGA